GCUGAAUUCUAUUUACAGAUAAGUUCACAAUACCUUUGGACCCAACAAACAGCCUAACCUACAGCAGUUGCCCGUUUCUAUUGAGUUGUCAGGAAGAGGAGCAUAUGCAGUAUAGUAUGCCCCUACUUGGACAGCUCGGGAUGCCCAGCCACCGGAUCGCGAGCUAGUCAUAUCCUUGAAAGGCACGAUAGGCUCCAAUGCUACUUCAAACCGAGUCCGACCACAUGAACCCUGCAAUUCCAAGCGCCCUUCUGGGCAGGUAAUUUCAUUUUCAGAAUAUAAACAAGUCGGACGCCAUGCCUGGACCCAGAUCUCCCAACUCUCUUUAAUUCACUCAUUCACCCAGUCACUCCUUUGUUCAACUCGCCCUUCACUCCUUCAUCUAGCCUAUAUACUACCAACCACAUCCGCAAAAUGAACCUCCUCUUCCCACUUCUCCUUCUACUCCCCAUCCUCACCCAAGCCUUCAACCUAGACACCCACACAAAGCGCUGGAACUAUACGACCUCAAACCUAGCCUCCACCACCUCCACAAAAUGCCAAGCCGCCUACGCCGCCGAAAUCAAAUGUGACGGGUUUCUCGUGGACCUGGUCAGCGCCCACGAGACGCGCACUUACCUGAAAGGCAUGCAACACCGGGACUUCACCAACAUGUGCACCUCGAGCUGCGAGACCUCGCUGUCCGAAUACAUCGAGAACGUGCGAGACGCGUGUAGCGAGCCCGGCGACGCGGCGCUCAAAUCCAAGGGUUUCAUGUGGAUCAACGGGACCGAGAAUGUUCCCGUUGAGACGGUGGGGUUGAUGUUUCAGUAUAUGUUUAUGAGGGGGUGUGCGAGAGAUGAACACGGCGAAAACUGCUACUUCCAACAAAGCGCCUUCCUCCCCCCCGACUUCGACUGCGACUGGACCUGCGCGCUGGCAUACUACUGGACAGGCCACUUCUACCCCUACAGCGACUGGACGUUCGGGGAUCCCGAGCUGAAGGAUUUCUCCAAGGUAGAGAAUGACGUCGUCAUUGGAAGUAAUUAUAUGAUGCAGGUACCUAUAGCCGACGAAGCGGCCGGUUCACAAGAGGAUGGAUGGAAGACGGUCAAGAAGUGCGGGCCGGUGGGGAGCAAGGAGUCGCCGCCUUUUGAUUCGGGGAUUUCAGGGAAACAGGGGGAUAAGAAGAGCGGGAAGGCUAGUAGCUCUGCGGUUUCUUCUGCGGCGUCUGGGACGGCGACGAGCGCCGCUUCGACGAGUGCUGCUUCUGCGGAGGCUGGGGAUGGGACUGCCGCCGCUGCUGCUACGCCGACUGAGACUGGUUCUGCGGGGAGGAUUGAGCUUGCGAUGGGAUAUUUUCUUGGAGCUGUGGUUUUGUCCGCGUAUAUGGGGUUCUAGGUAGAUGUAGAUGUUCUUUUUCUGGCCUGAGGUAAACCUGCAUGAAGCUCGCUUUGGGAUCCGCAUAAAUUAUGAACAGGC